AAAACCCAGGCAAAAAAUUAGAAAACCAAACAAAAAAACUUUAAUUUCCAGCAAAAAAAAUUAAAUACCCCAAGAGUUUAUUUCAUUUCAUGGAUAUUUCAAAACGCAGGUUUUGUUGUAUAAUCUUCUUAUUCUUUUUCGAUCUUGUUUAGGCAACAAUAGACCCCAUCAGAAUUUGUUAAUCUCAGUUUCAAUCUCUCUUUGUUUCUAGAUCUACCAUUUUGAAGAAAAAGCCUUUUUUCUUUUUUCAAAACGCUAAGACUUAUAAAACUUUCAAAGAUUCGUUCUUUACUUGUUUGUUGGGACUUUUCAGGGCACAUCUAAUGAUGGGUUUUUGGAUUUAAGGUUGUAAAUUGGAGUAUCAUACAAAUUUCUCUUUUAGAUUCACAAGAUUAAUGUUGUCUGCAUCCAUCAAUGUGUGUUUGUUAUCUGAAACUUCUGUUGUGGGAUUAAACAUUGAGAAGAGAUCAGAAGAGAAACAGUGGUUUUGUAAAGUUGUUAAUUUUGAGUUGAUGAUUAAUUUGAUUGCUGGAUCAUUUGGAUGAUAAUAUGUAAGUUAUGGUGUCAGCUACAUUUUUGAAAAUUGUUUCACCUUGUUGGAAGCCUGUGGCUGAGAGUGAAAAUUCUAGUAAUGGAGAAGGUUCUGGUCAGGUUGAUGAAUUGUUGUGGUACCAAGAUUCAGGACACCAGGGUAGUGGGGAAUUUUCUAUGGCAGUAGUUCAAGCUAAUAGUCAGUUAGAAGACCAUAGUCAAUUAGAAUCAGGGCCAUUGAGUUUGCAUGAGUCAGGUCCUAAGGGAACUUUUGUUGGUAUUUAUGACGGUCAUGGAGGUCCAGAAGCCGCUCAGUUUGUAAAUCAACACCUUUUUGACAAUAUCAAGAAGUUUACGACUGAAAGUUAUGGGAUGUCCGCUGAUGUUAUCGCUAAAGCAUUUUUGGCAACAGAAGAGGAAUUUCUUUCUCUAGUGAAGCAGCAGUGGCUAAGGAAGCCACAGAUUGCAUCUGCUGGUUCAUGUUGUUUGGUAGGUAUAAUUUGUAGUGGGAUGCUAUACAUUGCGAAUGCAGGUGAUUCUAGGGUGGUAUUAGGAAGACUGGGAAAAAAUGUUAAAGAGUUUAAAGCUAUUCAGUUAUCGAAUGAGCAUAAUGCAAGUAUAGAAUCUGUGAGAAAGGAAUUGCACUCAUUGCAUCCUGAUGAUCCACAGAUUGUUGUUCUAAAGCACAAAGUUUGGCGUGUGAAGGGUAUCAUACAGAUUUCGAGAUCCAUUGGUGAUGCCUAUCUGAAGAAGGCAGAGUUUAACAGAGAGCCUCUAUUAGCCAAGUUUAGACUGCCAGAGCCCUUCCAUAAGCCAAUCCUUAAAGCAGAGCCGACGAUAUUGGUACAGGAACUGUACUCUGAAGAUCAAUUUCUUAUAUUUGCAUCAGAUGGCCUAUGGGAGCAUCUAAGCAAUCAGGAGGCAGUUGACAUUGUCCACAACCAUCCACGUAAUGGUAUUGCAAAGAAGCUUGUGAGUGCUGCACUAUGUGAAGCAGCAAAAAAAAGAGAAAUGAGAUACUCUGACUUGAAGAAAAUUGAUCGUGGGGUGAGGAGACAUUUUCAUGACGAUAUCACAGUCAUAGUUUUGUUUCUUGAUUCCUAUAUGAUCAGUCGCAGCUCCUGGGAUGGCCCCUUGCUUUCAGUUAAAGGAGCUGGUGGUGGUAUGUUUCAAAAUGCCGACACAUAGUUCAACAGGUUCUAAGAUUUCCUUCAUCUUUCCAUUCCUCACUUGUGUUGAAAUAACUUAUUUCAAAGAUUGAACCUGUGAGAAAAAAAAAAAAGUUUCAAUGUAUAGCCAUGGAUCUUGGAGACAUCGAUUAGACAGAUGAAAUGCCCAAGAAAAAUUCUCCAUAGAUUUUGUUUGUCAAUUGACAGAUGAUACACAGAAAAAUGUUACAACAGCUAUGGUCUCAACUGAUGCCUGAAGGGCUUAAAGAAGAUUGCCCAUAAGGUAAGGGUAAAAAUCUGUGGACAGUGGUUCAUCAGAUCAUCAAGUAUAUUGCCAUUGUCCUGAAAGCAAGAAAAGGAAUAGUUGAUGAUGAAACAAUUCUGGGAAUGAAAAUGAAUAGUCAUGAUAUUGUUCAAAACUUGAUGAUACUGAUGAUAUUACACUAUUGAAAUUUCUGUAGUUUGUAACGGCCAGAUUUUGCAUUUAACUAUGUCUCAAAUUUGUUAAUUCUUAUUGUUCUGCCUGUUUGGCUAGGAUUAAAGAUUGUUGUGCCUUGCUUUACAAGCAUGGACUCACAAAGAAUGAGGAAGUUAUUAUGAUUCA